CCGUGCUGUUCAGACCAGAAAGUCGCAAGACACCCGAUCCUCAUUAUAAACAAUUAUUUAUCACGGGAUAAUUAUCAAUAAAUUGAAUUUACGCCGACCGGUGCAUUUUCCAAAUAGAAAAGAAUUUUUUUUCGUAAACUCCAAGUGACUAAGUGACUCCAAUUACCCUCGAUUAAUCAAUUAAUUCAUUAAGUUUAAUUGCUGGAAUUGUGACGUGCGGAAUUCAUAGAGAAUUCUCUGGUGACAGUUACGAGGAAUUUAUCAUUUUUGUGGUAAAUUGUAUUGGAGUAAUUAGGGAGAGUUACGACGUGCCAUUGAAUUCGAAUGGUGGCUGAGACGCCGAAAAUGGAGGAAUUAUCGAAUGGGGGAGACGAUCACUGCAUCUACAAAGAUGUUGUCAUUGUUGGAAAUGGUCCGGGUGGUAUUUGCAUUUCAUACAUGCUGAACGGAAAUUGGCCGUAUUACUCGGGUAAACCCCAUCCGGGUGACGAAAUGCUGACAGCAAGAUUAAACUACAUAAUGGAGAAGAAUGAGACUCCAGAUACCGCGAAAGCGUCUGCAAGAGGUAAUCCGGGGAAUCCUCGGGAUAAAUCAAGCGACGAAUCACCCAGCAGUGAUAAAAAAAAAACUAGGGACGAAAGACGGAGUCUCCUGAUGAGAUCCAGGAGUGAUCUGGAGAUGCUGAUGAAUGGUCUGGAGGGACGAGGCACCUCCAGACCGAUGGCACUUCUUCUGGAUCAACUGCAACAUCCAGGGGUCGAUGCAGGACUCGAUAUCCCAAGUCUCCUCACCUGGGAGUCUCAUGAGCAUCAUCCCCAGCACAAAGUUAUUGACCAUGUGGUCCUGGGGAAGGGACCACCUGGGGGCACCUGGCAGUUCAUGGAUCCCAAUGUUCUCACUAUCAGUCUCACCAGGUGGAUGUCACUUCCUGGGCUCGAUCUCAAGAAGUGGGAGGCCCUCGUCGAGGAGGAACGACUUGGAAAGUCCACCAUCCUCAGGAAGAGAAUACCUGAGGACUGCUGGAGUCGCCCCAAGGGCAGCUUCGAAGUCGACAGGAGAAUUCCUGUGGGAAUCGUCGCUGCUUACUACAAGGAUUAUGUUUACAGGAUGGGACUCACUAAGUAUUUCAAAUGCGGACGGACUGUGACAAGUGUUCAGCCACUUCCGGAUGCGUCAGACCUGGAGGAAGGCUACGAGUGGAUUGUGCAGGGCUACGAGAAUCAGAGCGGUAGAAAAUUCAAGUACAAAUGUAAAAAAGUUGUCCUGGCAACUGGUACAACCAAUUCUUCGAAUCGUCUGGGCCUACCCGGAGAAGAAACACAGCCCAGUUGGGUGACCCAUGAUCUCAAUGACCUGGAGACACGUCUCGAUCGUCUCGCAGGGAAAUGCAGCAAAUGCUUCCUGAGGAAAGAUUAUAAACCGGAAGUGGCUCCAGUACUGGUGAUCGGUGCAGGUCUGAGUGCAGCAGAUGCGAUAAUGGCAGCAAGAUUCAGAUCAAUUCCAGUGAUCCAUGCAUUCAGGGAUUCCUCCUCGGUAUCCGAGGGUGAUAAAGUCGAUAAUGAAAAUGAUAAUGGAGUCAGAUUAAGUCAGAGCACCUACGAGAGACUCCAGACACUUCCAGUUUCCAUGUAUCCAGAAUAUCACAAGGUUUACGAGAUGAUGGCCGAUGGCAAGUGUCACAGGCUGUACAAGGCACUUCCAGGGUACAAUUUAAUUGACAUCGAGGUGACAGGGUGUGAUUGCAAUAAAAAAAAGGAGAGGAGGGUCUUCCUGAAAGGUCCUAACCGGCAAAUAGUCAGCUUCAAAGUCUCCAUCGUCGCUAUUCUCAUUGGAUCGAAACCAGACCUGUCAUAUUUGGGUGAACUGGCAACGAAGCUUGGAAAACAAGAAGGAAAAUUGAUAAAUGGACGGUCGAAUCCUAUACAGAUCGACGACUACACGUACGAAGUAGUGAAGUCCCCAAAAAGUGGACUUUAUGCAAUUGGUCCUUUAGUGGGUGAUAAUUUUGUUCGUUUUAUUCACGGUGGUGCUUUUGGUGCUGUUGGACAUCUCCUCAGGACUCUAGAAACUGAUUAAUCGUGUUGUGCUAUUAAUUAGUAUUUUAUUUUUAUCUUAACACCAAUCGUGCGGUGCAAUAGAGAUAUUAUUCUUGUAAAUUAGUCUUAUCGAGGAAGAGAGUUGACGUGGGAAUAUUUUUAUACGAAUGCGUUGGUAGGUGACGAAAUUUUUUACAUGAUUUCAUAGGUUUCACUCGAUUUUUUUAUCUUCUGAGAAUAUUCUUAUGAGAUUUUGAUAAUUUUUCAUACAUUCCGUUGAUGAAUGGCUAUUAUACACAUUUUAUUUUUAUCCAUUGGGGUUUUGUUGGUGAGAAAUAUUUGGGGGAUUUGCUAAUUUUUAUAGUCAAUUCUCUGUACCUCUAGAGGCCCGAGGGAUGCUUUUUAUAUUUUUACUGUACCUCGUAAUCGUGCCUUUACACAGAUAUUUAUUUUUUUGUACGUUUGUGGUAGAUUUAUGGAGAAUAUUUCUUCAAUGAAGCGAUUCAUUUUUCUUUUCCACUCAAAAUGUACAACGAUCUUCUCCAAAAAUAUUCAACAAAUUUAUGAAUUUAAUUUGUACCGAGAUUAUUCCCAGAUAUUAGUCUAUGGGAAUAUAUGAAAGAGAUGAAGAAAAUUAUUUACCAUACGAACAAAUUAUAAAUGAAAUUACUGAAGCAUUCGAGUAAUUUUUUCAUUGAAUUUAAUCAAUUACUCGUUAUAGCUGAAGAGAACGGAAUAAAAUUAAUAGAUAAUCACCGAGAAUGAUUACCAUAGCCUGUGAUAUGAGAAUUUGUUGAAAUACUACAAUUAAUAAAAACCAUUACAAAACA